CGGCAGACAGCGGCUUUCGGAAUAUCAACAAGUGGAUUUAAGCUGCGGUAUUCGAUCGAUCGGCAACAGCUGACUUUUUAAAUAAUAUCGCAGGAAGGAUUGAUGCGCCACCAUUUAUGCGUACAGCAGGCUCGGAAGACCCUCACUUCUGGAAGAGGUCCCAGCAAGGGAAUUGUCGUGUCCGAGAUUGAAUGGAUCAUGAACAUAGUUCGCAGAUUGCAUGCCUCACUUCCUGAGGACUCAGACAGUCGUAUAUCGCUCGAGUUGUAACGGAGUAGUCCUGAUAACAGAAGUAUGUUCACCGAAAGUCAUGGUAACACAAUAUUCGUGGCAACAUUGCCGAAAAACGCCAUUUCCAUCAUUAUAAAACUUCGUGCUGCUUCCCCUAAUGCGGAGAGGGGCUUGCAGUACAUGAGCUUUGGUAGCUGACCGUUGUUCGGGACGGAUCGAGGUGCUCUUGGAGCCAUCUUCAGGAACGAGGUCUUCUCUACUCAAGCGGUCUCCAACAUAUUCGACUAUGCAUCAGAUGUUCCUGUUGGGUUAUUGUAUUUCACUCCUGGGAUGAUUUCAGCGAACGUGGAAUGGGCCAACCGCUGCCAUGAUUUGGAGUCUAAAUCUUGCCGCUGCACGCUCCGCGGACAUUCGGAGCAAGUUGGCGGGAAAUGGCUUUUGCCCAGUGGCCGCUUCUUGCACCCUGAGCCGACGGGCAAGACAAUUCGGUUUCAGCUAGAGUGUAGCCCUGAUGUCUGGCAUUUUGAGAAUAUCUCGCUUGAGCAUCCUGGGGUUACCUGGAGAUACCUGUGGCACGGGUGUGCAAGAUUGGCUCUUCGGGUCUUGUCGUUCAAGCGGUCGACCUGGGACCUCAACAGGGGUUGCUACGACAGCAAAGGUAGGGAGAACAAUUGGGUUCUGACCAUGACCUCUCAUAUGCAGACGGGCAUGACCUGCUUGCUUCUGAUGCAAUUUCUUCCGCAGGAAGACAUCUGCCCGGCAGUGAAGGCUACAUUAUGCCUCAUGAAUGUCGAUUUCUGAUGAUAGUGGUGAUAUC